UUAUACUCAUCUAAACUCUGCACAAUAUUCCACCCUUUGAUACAGUAAACAAGUAGUUAUUAGGGCUGAAAGAGUUAUGUGCCAAAAUAAACCCCCAAUUGACAAUGUCAAAACACUGCAGUAUCUCAGCAUUGCGUAUUCCAGUGAUCAACAUACAUAUCAUCAAUUAUGUUGACUGCGUGGUACUGAUACAUAUUGUGAUCAUUCCGAUAAUCAUAAUGUACUUUAAUAGACUUGUCAGAUAUCCAGCUGUCAUUAUAACGAAUUAUAGCGUUAGAGAGACGAUGUUCAAAGGAAUGAGAUCAUGCACACGUUAAGAUUAAUUUCAUCAAUUAUCGUAAAUAAAUAAUACAAAUUAUGGUGCAGUCACAUACAUAAUCAUUCUGGGAAGUUAUGUAUAUUUUCUAGACAUGUAUUCUAAUAUCAGUCAUUUUACAAAAAAAUAUUAUAUCAUUUCAAAUAUUGAAUGACUUAAUUUUUUAGUAAUUUAUCAGGUGGUCGAUUCAAUCAUCAUAGUUUGAUGAUAUUAAUAAAUUAAAUAAAUGUUUGAUAAAAGUUGACUGAGAGAUCUUAAAAUGGAGCUGAAUAACGUUGGAAGCAGCAACUCAAGAUCUGAAAGCUCAGUUUAUUUGGCAGUGCCAUUCAGGAAAUUAUGUUUGGUCACCGUCUCUCUGCCCCUGAUUACUCUGCUAAUCUGCUUCAUUACGGCAUAUAUAUUUCAGCAAGAUGAUAUCCAUGAAACACACUGUAGAGUUUACAACAUCAUACCGUCAAUUUCUGCAAUCACAGGAGUAUCCCCGCAAAGAUAUUUAUGGCGCAUAAGUAUUGCGCUACAUAUAGGACCCAGAAUAGCUAUUGCUAGUGUCUAUCGUUCCUAUUAUCACAGCAUCCUCAAAGCUGUCGAAGAACUACCAAGAAAAAUAUUAGGAUUUCGACUUUUGAAUCUAUGCUAUUGGCUGAAUAUUUCUGAAGUAGCAGCUCUAUGUGGAGUUACAUAUGUUUCAAAUAGAGAGAAUUAUCCGGUUCAUGAGAAGAUCUUCAUAGUCUUCAUGUUCAGUUCGCUGGCAUAUAUGCUCGCAGCUGUAAGGCUGGGACGCCUUCUAACUCCCAAUGCACAAAGUUUGCAAUAUAAACAAGUGCUUUUCGUAAUCAGUAUCAUCAGCACCAUGGGUCUCAUAAUUUUCUUCCUGAAACAUCGUCUACUGUGCCAUGAUAUGGCAUUCAGCUGGUUUUCGCUCUGUGAGUACUUCAUAGCCUCCGCAAAUAUGGGGUUUCAUGUGACGGUGGUUUUGGACUUCCCAAAAGAGCAUCUCGUUGUUGGGCAUGGCUUACCUGCCCUAAAAGUGGAUUAACCCCGUAGUAUACCAUGAAUCUAUCAACAUUGUCCCAAAGUGCCUACUGCUUUUACCUGUAAACGCUAAGAGUCUGCCUUUGUUGCAAGCGGCACAUUAACAUCACAUGUCGUCCAAUUUUGUAAAGGUAAAACUGCACAAGUUCUGAUCAUAAAGUAGUAUGAGUGUCAAUGAUAUCCAUAUGUUGUUAGAAGAAAUAUUUUUCUUUCCAAGUAAAAAAACGAUCAAUCUCAUCCAAUUGACAUCAUAAAUUUAUGUUCAUGUUCUUACAUCCAAAUUCCUAGUUCUUAACUUGAUUGUUGUUCAUCGUGUCGAAGAGAUACAACUUCAUUUCAUCAUGCAAUAAAUAGGUACCAGGCACAAAAUUUUUCUAAUGAUAAAACUAUUGGUGAAGUAACAAUGAAAAUUGCAGGAAAAAGAGAGCAAUUAACUACCAUUUGUGUUGCAUUGUGUUAAGUUACACAAAAAUAAGUUACGUAGACUCAUAGCGAUCACAGCAGCCACUUAACUUGCGUACACUGUGUUGCCAAUAAAGUCAAGCAAUUGCAUCUGGUAUAUUGUACAGAUGAAUGCUAUAUAAUUCAAUGAAAUAAAUUAUAAUUGACUAAAUUAGAAUCUAGCGCUUCCAAAUAGUGGCACCGAGCAAUGGGCACUUGCUGGACAGUGAAACAUUAAUAAUGGCCUUCCGACACAUACUUUAAACUACGAAAAUAAAAGUUAUGAUAAUAGAAUAAUUUCGAAAUAAAACACUAGAAUGUAAUCAUGAAAAUGCAUCUGGUACAAGGGAAAAACGUAUCACAAUUAAUACUGGAUAUUCAGUUGGUACAAACGACAGGUUUUUCUGAUCAGUAUUGUUGAUAUUAGACACAUGUGAAAAUCAGAUGCCGAUUAGCUUGUUGCAGGAACUAUAACAACUACGAGGGAUCAGUUUCAAUGAUUUCGAAAACUUCAAAGCGCACUAGUCUCUAGUUGAGUACGAUCUAGUCAAGGUAAUUUUAUUUAUCUAUUUAUCCAUCGAUUAAUCAGUUAACUCCAGAUGAUAUGUGUUUGAUAUGAAAUGAAAAUUCGAUUGAGACGUUCAAUGAAUUCUUAUGUACAAUAAUUUGAGUAUUUCAGCAAUAAUUUGUACAACAUUAUUGGACUGUUGAACAUAACUGGUACAUUAAGACGUUGCAUAUUAUCAUGACAUUAAAUAUUAAGUAACCAAUUCCUAACAUAAAACUAAAUACUUGUACGACCAAGACCAAAAUAUGACGUCCAAAAAAUAUUAUUCUGAAAACGGUACACCGUUUAUAAGAGCAAAAAAAUGGCUAUUGACUUGUAUCAUCUUACUUUAAGGUACCACGAAGAUUUUAACUAUUUAACAAAGUUUGCUCAUAAUUUUUCACAUACAUACAUAAAUUUCAGUGAAUGUGUAGUCAGUACCCGGGUUUUUGUUACCAUUUAUUCCUAUUGGAUUUCUGCUUGUUCUAUUGCUUUUUUUCUCUCAAUUCGUCUAAAAAUCAACAAUGUCACAAAUUUAUUUGUAAUAACGACGAUGUUGAAUAGUUAUUAUGUUAUCUAACAAAACCUGUAGAAGAAUAUAUUAAUACGGUACAUGAGCGUGCUUUUUUUGGAGGACUAUUUUUAUUCUCCGCUCUUGGCCUGAAAUUUUGUUGAUAACAUUAAUUUGUAAUAUUAUCAUUAGGUACUCUCCCAAAAAUGAGGAGAUUUUCCAUUUAAAUAUCAUGUAAACUUAGAUUUUUUUUUAUCAAUUUCUGUAACUCUCUAUAUGUUCAUAAUCGGCGUAAGAGUACUCAGUUGAUUUGUAUAUUUGAAAAUGUUGAUGACAGAUACUCUUUCAGUUUUAAAUGUUUAAAUAUUGUAGCAUAUUAAUUCGUAAAAAAAAUUUAUGGACAUUACUUAUUAUACCAAGUCCGAACGUAAUUGUAGAUAGCACUGGCAAAUUAAGCCGUUAGGAAGAAAUUUUGCCAAUAAUUCAUACGCCAGCUUACCACAUGUAUUGAUAAAUUUGGAAGUGCAUAUAUUUCGAAACAUUAAAAUUUCGUGCAUCACUUGUCUGCUCGCAUUCGGUACCAUGCGCGCAACUAGUUUCUAAAGGAUUAAUAGUACAUCAGUUUUGCACAUUUUUACUAAUGAGUGUUAAGAUAGCAUGUUUUGAUAACAAUGUGGAUACCUUGUUUUCUAUCUAAUUUCGUGAUUCCAAAGUGGAAACCUCCCCUACUAGCCGCAAACAUACCAUGAUAUAUGAACGGCCAAAUAUGACGUCGUUCGUUGUGUUAGAUAUGUCGUAGUAUUAAGUUUAUCGUUAAUUGCGAAAAGCUCACGCUGUUGUACCCUCUCGCGUUCUUGCUUUAAGAGUGAGACGUACGCCAUAGUUGCAAGUCGAAUUAUUUAAUAGUUUUUAGUUGAUGAUUUAAUAUAUUCAAACAGAAAUUUGCUGUACUAAACAUUUCGAGUGAACAAAAUAUUGAUAUACUAAUUAUUAGUUGCCUUUUAGCAUGUUUUUUAGAACCGCACAAUAAGUUUCUACAUAAAUCGUUGCAGAAUGAUGUGAUUCUGUAACGUAGUGAAAGGAUUCGUUGUGAUGGUAAUGCUGUUAUAAUACCGUGUCAAUUAAUAUGAUUAACAAUUUAACAAAUUAACCGUUCAAUCACAUCAAGUGAUGUACUAAAGAUACUGUUAUUUUUUUUUUUGUGCGCAAUACAGCAUUUGUAGUGCGUAUUGCGUUGCAGAUCAUGAAUCAAGUGAUGUAUUUCAGGAUGCAGAACCUCCGUUUCACAGUGAAAUUGACACAAUGAGACGUGGAAAAAUGUUAAAUGUGUAUAGAGUAUGCCAAAAAAUGAAUUUGACAUUCGCCACCCACAAAAAUAUGUCGUUCAAGAAGAAGCCUGGCUCAUUGUGUAUAAACGAAAUAAUUUCCUUGUGAAAUUAUUAUGAAUUUAAAAAAAAUUUCAUUGUCGAAAUGAUAUGCUUGAUGAUGAUAUCAAUAUACAUGAAGUGCAUAUCAAAUAAUAAUAUAUAGUCGAACUAUAUUCAGUGCACAUCGUAGAAUGUUGGGAAAAUUAAUAAUUAUGAAUAAAAUUGCACUGUAGAUAAUUCAUAUAUUAACUUUAAAUUUCUAAACGUCGGUAGUAAAUCACUUGAUUUCACAUAAUUCUAUUCUACACUCAUGAUAGUCUCAUGUUUUACUCUAUCACACGUACUACAGUUUUCUAUUACUGAUUGAAUAAUUUUUAUUCAAAAUUAUCUCACGUAAUUGCUUCCAAAAGAAACUCGGCAUUUUCCAAGUUGAUCAGUUGAUCAAAAGUAAACUAAUUAUAAAUGAAAUAGUGUUCAAUGUUCCACUCCCCAAUAUUCGUAAAUUGGUUGAUUCAUAGGUAUUCACUUUCAUUCAAGCGCCAUGGCAUCCGUAUUUUCGUAUCGAUAACAGGCGUUUUAUUUAAUGAAAAAAACCAACCGUAAUCCCUGAAAUACUGCUUGACAACUUUCAGUGACCAAAAAUAUUGUUCUUCGAGCAACAUCAAAUUUUUUUCCAACUUGAUUUCAAUGCUGAAUAUGUAGACCCUGCUUAUUACAUAGCAAUAAAAAUUAGAUCUAUAAAUCUAGCAGCAAAGAAAAUGGAGCUGUUACAAGCAAUAUUAUUUUUAUUAUAAUUCACAUUAUUACUUUUGCUAUAAAAAUUAUAACAUACAACUAGCCAGUAUCAUGCAAUUUCGAAAGUAUUUGUAGUAUAAGCUUAUUGCCAUAUACAAGAAUUAUUAAUUUUAGCAUUUCUUUUCGAUUUUAUUUUUUAUGAAAAUGCAAUGAGUAUAAGAAAUUGAAUUCGAUAAGCGUAGAUAGUAGCCUGUUCGCGUUGCCGAUGAAACGAUAGGAGACAUUAACUUCAGCCGGUUUAAGUGAGAAAAUGUAUACAUGCAUCUCGUAAUAAAAUUAUCCGAAAACUUUAUGGAAAAAAUUAUUCCAAUAAAAACUAGCCACUGAGUUAUACGUCGAUACAAUGCCAAAAGUGAAUAAAACAUAUCUGUCGUAAGACUCACAUUUGCCUACUGACACCGUUAUAAUUCAAAACUAAGCUCAUUACACCGUUCAAUCAAUGGUAAAAGUUACCUACAAAUAAUAUUCUUUUCUAUUUUAUUUUAAUUUUUCUUCUAUUUCUGCUAACCGUACCUGCGAAAUAUCCACUUGUGUAACGCAUACAUUUGUUAAAUUAUUGACUUCAUUCUGAAACAUUUGCUAACCGACGUACACAAGAAUUUAUCGGCAUAAUAUUUAUUGAAAAACAAGGGAAAAUAAAAAAUUAUAUGUAGAAUUAAUUAUUUCAAUUAAUUCAUAUGAUUACUGCAAAGCUUACGACGUGUUCAGCUUUUUUAUUAUCGUUACCUCUCAAAUAUUGUUUUUCGUAACGCUGUUCAAGAUUCGGCCAAUUCACGACCAAGAGAAAAGAUCAUGUAAAAAGCAUUUUGCUUUAAAAAUACGCAUAUAAGCUAUAUGGUGGAAGAGAUUAUAUCUAAACUUCCUACACAUUUAAGUAUAUAAUAUAUUUCUCGAGAUAUUCGAUCUAACUAGAUGUACAUAAGAAAAGGAAAAACCCUCUUCUGACAACGUAAUAUUAAUAAUCGAAAAUCACUCGAUUUUUAAGAAAAGAAAUUUUACAAUACCGUUUCAACAAGUGUAUAAACAGACAUGCUUUGUACGAUUGUCGUUAUUAUAUUUCUCAUUGUUUAUUUCUACACAGAUAUCAUAGAUAUAUUGAAUAUAUCUAUGCAGAUAUCAACUAACAUAAAUUUUCCGAAACCUGAAUUUUCUAUGCAGUUCUCCCGUCGUUGAUUCGAAUAAUUUUUUCAACGCCUUGCACUAUACGCGUAAAAUCAUAAUAUUAUCGAUAAACUUUCAUGAAAAUGGUUGAACAUCGAUUUCUAAUACAAUAUUUACUCGGAGAAAUAUUUUAUCACUGAAAAGGUUUACCUUUAUGAUAUUUAUAUUGAUCCUUAUUAUUGGCUAUGUACAAAUAUGAAUUUGUUGUACCUGCAUCUGCCCGAAUGUAAGGGAAAAAUAAUUUAACGGAGACCAGUUUUUAGGCCUGGUUUGCUUGAAAUUAAUUGUUCAUCCCUUCUCCCUGACGUAUGUUAAAUGUUAACCGUAUAUAUAAAAGUAAUAUAAUUGCGAAUAGAAUUAUGAAGUUUUAUUUCAGCAAUAACAUAUAUUGCUGUACAAUCGAACCCCAAGGUAGUUAUUAAAAAAAGAAAGAAACAAAACGAUGAAUUGUUGUAACAUAAUGUAAAUUCUUUAUGUAUUAACCUGUUGAAUUAUACCCUACAUAAUAAUA